AUGCAAAAUCCCUUUCUUUUGCCGCGUCUUUCUGGGUCCGACCCGAACCAAUUCCCCGGUGGCCAUGUCAUGUCCGAACCGUCGCUAGCUGCACAGUUACCCGUCAAAAAAAAGAGGGCGCACCGAAAGUCACGGACGGGUUGCCUUGAAUGCCGGGUCCGCCGAGUAAAAUGCGACGAGGGACGACCUCGCUGUGGCGCCUGUCUCCGUCGCAAUGAGUCGUGUCGCUAUCCAGAUGAGACGGUUUCCGCAAGGUUGACUACCGGCGAUGGCGAAUCGCCCCGGAUGCGCGCCACUUCCACUCUGUUUUCCGAUAGUGCCCGACUCGGUGGUCAUUCCCCCGGCACCGUAGCAAUCAGCCAGCUCAUCAACUCUCCGCAUGUUCCCUCGACCCCCAGCUCCGCCUCGACUCCAAAUACGACCACGACUACAACCCAAGCCUGCAACGAUGCGCCUGCCCCGUCUGGCCGUUUCGGCAUCAGAGACUUGGCUCUGCUGCACCACUGGACCGUCUCCACAAGCAGGUCAAUCUUCAAGUCGCCCGACAUCGACCAUCUAUGGCAGGUCGCGAUUCCACAGGUCGGCUUCGAGUACCCUUUCGUAGCCCACGCCAUCCUUGCCUUGGCAGCCCUGCACAAAUCCUAUCUCGAUGGCUCGCAGGGUGGGUCCGACCUGCUGGAGGAGGCGGCCUUGCACCACGAGAACUCCCUUGCGGGAUUCCACUACGUGGUCGAGCACCUGACGGCGGAAAAUAGCGAGGGCCUGCUGGCGUGGUCCGUACUCAACAUCCUCUACACCUUUGCCCUCUCCAGACAGCUGGCGGGCCGGACAGAGGGGUCUCGAAACCAGAGUCUGCAGGGACAGAAGCGCUCCCGCAAGGACCGGCUGCUCGGCGUCGAGUGGAUCCCCAUGGUCCGCGGCGUCGACGCCGUGCUGGGCCCGUACUACCACUUUCUCCUCGACCGAAGGAUGGGCGGUCUGCUCACCAUGGGAAAUUGGGAGCAGCUGAAAGUCAGCGACGAUAAUGCUGACCUGAUGGAUGGAGAGCUGCGGCGCGUAAGCGAAGUGUGGAGGAAUAGCAGCAACCCUGACAUGAACGUCUACGAUGAGGCGCUACACAUCCUGAGAAAGUGCCGAGCGUACGUGCUCCAAUUUCAAACCAUGGACGCCGAGACCCUGAGCCGCUGGGACUGCAAUCGUGAGUGGGCGGGACCGUUGGCUUUCAUACACUUUGCCCCCGAGAGAUACUUCACCUUGCUGCAUCAAAGGCAGCCGCCUGCGCUUGUCCUUUUUGCCUACUUUGGAGCCUUCUUCCACAUGAUGGAUGGACAUUGGUUUCUCGAAUCCUGGGGCAGGGAAAUAGUAGAAGUUGUGGACGACAUACUUGGCAGUUACUGGAGGCCGUGGAUUCAAGCUGCAGCUACGGUUGUUGGGAUUGAAUGAGGGUUGCGCCCUGCGUAAAAGAGUCCAACUAGUUCUCCGUCUCGAAUUUCCAGGAACUAACCUUGAGACGAAGUAUUCUACCGCAGAAAAUUACACCGUAUUUUCAUGUGCUUGAUGUUGGGAUUGAAGGAUCGCCUGAAAAAGACAUCGUAGAUGCAUUCGUCUGAUGAUAAGAUCCACGGUUUCAACGAGACGAACUCAGCUCUACGCAAGCUGUGGUCGAACCUGUCUGACUAGUUCUAGUCAGACUAGUGUCGAAAGGGGAGGGAGGAAAAAAACUAAAACAAAACAACCUUCAAGCAGCUAAUCCCUGGCCCGACGGGGGUGUAAUCUCAGUGCCGACAGGCAAGGGCACACCCAUGUCGGGUGUGUCAUCACUCCAGGAAAUUGGCUGGAUAAAAGUUUUGCGCGUGGUGCCACACCCAUCCCCCUCGUUCAGGUUUGCAUGGAAGACCUGCCAAUCCUGAGUCCCGUCGGGACUCUUGAAAAAGGCGUUGUGGGCGGGGCCGUAGAGACCGUUGCCCGUGGUGAAGAUGGGGUCGGGCAGCUUGCUCCACGAUUCAGGAUUCAUCGGGUCGUCACCCCCCGUCGACGAGUCGUAACGGAGUGCUCCGAGCUUGUAGGCCGGGGUGUUGCACGAGUCGGCCGAAUAGACGAUGUAG